AUGCACAUGCCGUUAUUUAGCGAGUCUGUUUAUCUAUGUAAUAACACAUGACGGAAUCAGCUGCUAACUUCGCAGUUUUUAUCCACCGGGUAUAAUUAUCAGGUCGUUACCCCCGACAAUCCAGUGUGCAGCGAGGUCUCACCGGGGAGGGGACAUACCUAUUUAACUGCGGACUCACCUGUAUGAGAUAAAGGCAACACAUGCAGUUCUAUGCCUGGUAGUUAACACAUACAGGUAACAGGUGUCUACCCUACGGACUCUGGUCGAUGUACAGCAUACAGACUGUCUGAGCGGUGUCAGAUGAGAAGAGCCUCUAGAAUAGCCGCAAGGAUCGUGUUCUGUGACUGCUUGUAUGUGGCGAUCGCGUUAGGAGGAGGCUUUGACUUCGCCAACUGUGCAAACGUCACGUCUGAAGCCAUGUUUGCUAAGCGAUAACGCCAUGCUCUAGCCUUCUUUACCUGUACGGAAAGACAAACACGGUUUGAGUGGGGUCAGGAUUCCAUAUUGUGGGUCAAGUUGAAACUUUUGUGGCCGAGGCCCAUCUUUGUUAGCCCGACCUUAUAGUGGUGCUGCUCUGGUAUCAUUGCAAGCUGUUCUAUAACCGUCAAUGGACAUUUUUACAUCCACAAAAAAUUCCGGCAACCCACCGGACGAAUGGAACAGAAAACUCCCGCCUGGUUGUCACCGGAAAUUAAAUUUCUACUCGACCAACGAGGCACAAAAAUUGCCCAGUGUGAACCUUACGACGAGCGGGCGGGGACAUCAGGCUUUAACAUGGGCAUCCAAAUCAAGCCACCAUGUAGGCUCCAACAAGAUGGGCGACCCCGGCUACUUUGGCGACUACAGAGACAAGAAAAAAAAUCUUGCUAGACGACAUUUGAUUGGUUCUCUAUCUGCACCAAUGAAAAACACGGCUGUUGUGAGGUCAACAUCUAUUGGCCAGGGAUCUCCUCCUAGGGGAUACCCGGAUGUUAGGCAAACUUUUGAAAUCGACAACCUUCACCGGAAACCAGGAGGGGACCAUCUUCAAGGCAUAGAUAAAAUAGACAAUAUUUUUCAGAAGCGACUGGAUUUGAGAGUGCAAAAAGCCGCACCAUAUCAAAACAUGCCGGCACGUAUGGUAUCGACAUCUCUGGAAAACAGAGGGAAUGACAAUGAUUAUUUGCGCAAACCUUUAUUUAUGCAGACAGAUGUGGCCAAAUUAAGUGAUGUUAACGACAUGUUCUCCGAAGAAACGUCUGACGACAGUGUCGUUCAAGAUACUCAGAAAACCUCAUCUAACCUACAACAAAGAAGGCCGUCGAGGGUGAACCCAAUAUCUCAGUACAGGCCGCUUACACCAAACUUGAUGAAAAAAUUAAACAAAAUGAAACUGUCUGCACUGACCACGACCCAGUUGUGGGUCAAUCAGCUGCCGACUGAAACACCAGUGUUCAAUCGUCAUUUAGGUACGAACGGACACAACUGUGUAGCACCUAUUGAUAAUAACGGUAACAACGGAAGACAAAAAGUUCUUACAAGGUGGAUAUACGGAGGUGAUAGAUAACACUAAGUGAUUACUGCAUCUUUAAAGGAGCACGGGAGUUAUCUUUACCCGAUCUCGUAUUGCAUAGAUAUUAAUUGUGUACCUCAGGAAAUUUGAAUUUGUUUGUAAACUUGGAUCAAUGGAAACAGCUUUACAGUACAAAAGGCUGUUCUCAUGUUUUAUUUAAAUUUUUUUUAUAAAGUACCGGACAAUAUUACUCCG